CAGCGAUCACGACACGACGGUUGAAACAUAGAAACAAAUCUUCACGCUUCCAGCAACACCCGGCGGAAAGGCUCUCCGGAGUGCAGAAGAAGUAAAGACAACGACAGAAAAAACAGUCACGAGUAGCGAAAGAAAGGAUGAACUGCGAUCACCAUCUGUUCAUCGUGGCGGCGUUAACGGUCGCCCUGCUGCUGACCACGGGUUGCAACGGCCGCGCCGUUGACCUCGAUGCCGAUGGAACCAUCUCGGCGUCAUCCGGUGCGUCUGCUGGCUCACCGUCCGUCGGUGGCCCUUCGUUGAGACCGACGUUUGUGAAGAUCACCUCGCCACCGCCGGCCCGUGUGGCGCAGAUCCGCGGUACCACCGUGGAGCUGGAGUGCGAAAUCAUGGGCUCACCGACCCCCACCGUCCAGUGGGUGCACGGAAGUGGCCAGACCGCUGAUUGGGAAGACAUCAGUGUGAACGUCAUCUCGGAAGAUACCCCGACGUCGGUGGCCCGCGUCGUGUCGCGCCUGGUGAUUGACCGCUCGUCACGUGCUUCGCAAACGACCUACACUUGUAUCGGCCGGUCGGCUGGGCAGCUGGCGAUGGCCUCGACCGUCGUGUACCACGUCGACGCCGGGUCUCGCCUGGGAAACUACUCCGAUCUGUUGCUGUUGCGCCCGCUGGCGUCCGGUGGCGCACCGGCGCACACGUUCAUGAACUUGAAGAACGCCCGGAUAACGCUCCACUACAAGACGCUGUUUGAGAACAUGGGCACCACGGUGGUGCUGCCGUGCAAGGCCGUCGGUCGGCCCGUGCCGGAGAUCACCUGGCUAAACGAGGACGGCAACGUCGUGGGUAGCCUGCAGGAUCCGCGCUACCGCACGCUGCCGACCGGCGAGCUGAUCAUCACCAGCCUGCGGUGGACCGAUAUGGGCUCGUACACGUGUGUGGCGAAGAACGCAAUCUCGAAAGAUGAAUCGGAAACGUUCGUGUACCCGAUACGGCCCAACUAGGCCAACGUGGUCCGUUGUUGCCAAGGUAGUAUCACCGGGGCGGGAGCGCGCGUGGGAGAGCCACGUUCUUCCCGCACGAUGAGUAGUGUGUCUCUGAAAAAAAACCGCAACCGUUACGAAUCGGGGCCCUAGUACGAACGAUAAUGCAAAAAAACAUAUAAUAGAAUGUCCCUUAUGCCAUUUACUUAAAUUAUUUAAAGUAAACUUAUCAUCGUCUGCAGUAUGAUAACUAAUACACCGCUACGAAUGCUGGAAGGAAUAAAGAAAUUUUAAUUCAGUACCACCUACAUCGCAUUUACACAGUACCCCAGUACGGCGGCUACCAGCCAACACUUACUAAUUUAUGACUCUUUGUAUCUCAUAGAAAAUGUAUUGUGCGCAUUGUACGCUACGUACAGACGUAAGUUAUUGCCUAUCAAGUGCAAAGCGCGGAAGAGCGGAAUCAAAUCGUUUACACCAAGCAGCUCUCUAGGCUUGAGCAAGAGCAAGGAUCGGUGGCGAACAGAGGUGUGGUGGCCGGCCAGAAACGCGGCCACCAACCGACAUAGUUUAGUAGUAUUUAAGAAACAAUGAUGAAUAUGUUAAGCGCACGUGUGGGGGGAGGCAGAAUUAUUAAGCCGGAAAGAUGGUCGGAAGGAUUAAAAGUCAGUGGAGAGCAGGAUUGUUGGAUGUGUAAAUAGGGAUACCCCACUCUAAACCCUGAGCUGGAGAUGCAGUGCAUCGGAUGCAACUUAAUGUACUUCAUAUGAUUAAAAACAAAAAAACACACAUUAAUGGAUGUCAGUUACUAAAGGCAGUGAAGCGAGAUGGCCUGCAGUGAUACGCGAACGUCAUACGGCCAAAGAACCAGUGCUAGCCAGAAACGGAGCUAGCGUGUAAGAGAAUUAUGAACUGGAAUAAGUAGCUAAGGACACACACACACACAA